ACAACACGAAUACAUUCACUGACAUGACCGUCAGAAUUGACAACAUCCGAUUGGUUCCAAAUCCGCGCGGUACAAUCCCGGAAAUGUCCGAAGUGGCUCGGAUUCAUGGGAAACGAAACUGACGUGGUAAAGCGACGCUUCCCGCACUCGAGAUCGAGGGGUAAUUAGGUAUUUUACAGACGGGAAUAGAAAAAUAUUUAUCACCUAGUGCCCUAGGUUAUGGAAACCAAUGAAAGUUUAGGCAUAGUUAUUUUUUAAUAUUUUAUUUAUCCUACAAAUUAGCGGAGCGUUUUUUGAAACACUCUGUAUGUUUGUCGUCAAUUUACCUACAAAAUUUAUUGAACUCUUAAUUUUUCCGAGGUCGAUCCUCUUCAGACGAUAAACGCGAAAUUGAUUGUUUCGCGUGUAUACAUACCUAUACCGUCAAGCGGCAUCAUUUGGAGUGAGCGAUAUAUUUUUUUAUAUUUUUCUGAGAGCCGAACCCGAAUUUCCAAAAUGGUCAAGUCAAAAGUGUUCAUUUUUCGGAAGCACUUCGAUGGUCUGCCAAAGCCUGGCGAUUUGGAACUGGUCGAAGAAGAGCUGCCACCUUUGAAAGACGGAGAAUGUUUGGUUGAAGCCGUCUAUCUUAGCGUCGAUCCCUACAUGCGAGCCCAUGCUCCUAAUCUGCGUCUAGACACGCCGUUCAUUGGAUCGCAAGUGGCGAUCAUAAAAGAAAGUAAAAACUCAAAGUUUCCCGUGGGCAAAUACAUCACCGGUAUGUUUGGCUGGAGGACUCACUCAAUCGUAAGCGACGCGACCAUCGGAUGGCCGUCCAUGCCAACUUAUGUUCUGCCAGAUUUCGGAAAAUUGCCCAUAUCGCUUGCACUUGGCGCACUGGGAACGCCCGGGAACACCGCUUACCUCGGCUUUCUGGAGAUUUGUCAACCGAAAUCUGGGGAAACUGUGGUGGUGUCGGGAGCAGCGGGGGCGGUGGGAAACCAAGUCGGUCAAAUCGCUAAGAUUAAAGGCUGCAAGGUCAUCGGGAUCGCAGGGUCUGACGAAAAGGGCAAGUGGCUGGUGGACGACUUAAAAUUCGAUCACUUUAUCAAUUACAAGACGCAGAACGUGGACGAAGCUCUGAAAGAACUCGCUCCUGAAGGAAUCGACUGUUAUUUCGACAACGUUGGCGGAGAGAUUAGUACGAUAGUCUUGAACAACAUGAACGCGUACGGGAGAGUGUCAGUCUGUGGUUCGAUUUCCGGGUAUAAUGACAGAAGCACCAAAGCGAGCAUUGUACAGUUCGCAAUGGUGGGGAAACAGUUGAAAAUGGAGGGGUUUAUAACGGGCAGGUGGAAGGACAAAAUGCUGGACGCGUUUCGGAAAAAUUUGGAGUGGAUCAACGAGGGGAAGCUCAAAUACAAGGAGACCGUCACCGAAGGUUUCGAGAAUAUGUUCACCGCGUUCGCGGAAAUGCUGCAAGGCGCCAAUAUCGGCAAAGCCGUCGUUAAAGCUUAACCGGUCUAGUUAGUAAAAUGACGAUGUAA